CGUUGACUGUUGACAGGUCGCAGGAAGGAAGUCCGCAGCCACAGCUCUGUAUUUUUCUCUCCGAGCCGCUUCGCCUUUUUCCUUCACUUUUAAUUUAAAAAACAAACACUUCACCCACUUUGAACCGGAGAUAAAUGACGGGGAUGGAGGAAUAUCAUAACGGAAACGAGGGCUCCUUCAACUCUGAAGAAGCUGACAACAUUGUCAAAGAGUGCAUCGAGAACGUCGUAGGUGGUGACGACUACAGCCAGAGUCAGGUGAACAAGUGGACCGCCAGCAUCGUGGAGCGCUGCCUCACACAGCUAGUCAAACAGGGGAAACCCUACAAGUACAUCGUGACGUGUGCUGUGAUGCAGAAAACAGGAGCAGGACUCCACACAGCAAACUCCUGCUACUGGGACACUGCCAUGGACGGAAGCUGCACUGUGAGAUGGGAAAACCGCACCAUGUACUGUGUGGUCAGUGUGUUUGCUGUGGCUAUCGCAUAGGACACACAAAAAUAAUUAUAUAACGUAAAUGACCACCACUACCAUCAGAAGGGGAAUGCAGUGUCUCCCUGUGAACAGCAGGGGGCCACAGAGUCCACAUCCAUACAGCUGUGUGUUCACCUCCACAUGCUCCUUUAACCUCUGAGGAACAGCUGCAGAGGAGGAAACUGAUAGUUUUUUUUCAGAUGCAUGUAACAUCUCAUCAUGUAAAUGUAGUUAUCUUUUCAUGUCACUGCAGUGCUUUACCAGCUUCACAUCAAUCUGUAUUAUCACUGAUGCCUGACAGCAGCAGCUGUGCAACACAUCCACUCUGUGUUUUUGUUUUUUAUUCUGUUCAUCAUGUCAGUGAGAGAAAAAGGACUUUUGUACUCAGAUCUGUUUCCUGCAGGGAAAUGAACAUGAGAAGAUUUCUUGUAAAUGAAUAAAGGCAGAUGAACAGUGAA